UCUCUCUCUCCUCCUCCUCCUCCUCCUUUUCCUCAGUGCGCGGCGCGGGCUCUAUGACCCCGAGGUUCCGAGCGCCGAUGACACGGAUUCCGAGGCUCAGUUACGGAAGCAGCAGCAGCAGCAGCAGCAGCAAGAGCAGGAGGAGGAGGAGGCGGCGGAGGCGCCGGGGUUGCUGCUGCUGCUUCUCCUUCUCCUCCGGGGCUGGAAACACCGGUGUUGGUGGAGAAGAGGAGGAGGAGGAGGAGGAAGACGACGGAGGAAGGGAACGCAGGAGGAGGAGGAGAAGGAGGAAGAAGCAGGAGGAGGAGGGGUGUUGCUGGACAGCCGCCCCGACGGGCUCCCGCCUUCCCCUGCUCCUCUUCCCCCGGCGUGGCCAGGCCUGGCUCCGGCCCGCCUCCGGCCCCGCCGCGGAUGGAGAAGCGGGGCAAGAGGAUGGACUGCCCGGCGCUGCCUCCCGGCUGGAAGAAGGAGGAGGUCAUCCGCAAGUCCGGCCUCAGCGCCGGAAAGAGCGAUGUCUACUACUUCAGUCCAACUGGAAAGAAGUUCCGAAGCAAGCCCCAAUUGGCAAGAUAUUUGGGGAAUACUGUUGAUCUCAGCAGUUUUGACUUCAGGACAGGGAAGAUGAUGCCAAGUAAACUACAGAAGAACAAACAGAGAUUGAGGAAUGAUUCACUAAAUCAAAAUAAGGGAAAACCAGAUCUAAACACAACACUGCCAAUACGACAAACAGCGUCUAUUUUUAAACAGCCUGUGACCAAAGUUACCAACCAUCCGAAUAACAAAGUGAAGUCUGAUCCACAGCGGGUGAUAGAACAGCCCAGACAGCUCUUCUGGGAGAAGCGGCUGCAAGGCUUAAGUGCGUCAGAUGUGAGUGAGCAGAUCAUCAAAUCCAUGGAGCUGCCAAAAGGCCUUCAAGGUGUUGGACCAGGCAGUAACGAUGACACCCUCCUCUCUGCUGUUGCCAGCGCAUUGCACACAAGUUCUGCUCCCAUCACGGGGCAGCUUUCGGCCGCGGUAGAAAAGAACCCAGCAGUGUGGCUGAACACGUCCCAACCUCUCUGCAAAGCCUUCAUUGUUACGGAUGAAGAUAUUAGGAAACAAGAGGAGCGUGUGCAGCAGGUACGCAAAAAACUGGAGGAGGCGUUAAUGGCAGACAUCUUGUCACGAGAUACAGAUGCAGAUGCAGGUGACUUGGAUGAGGUUGAGAUGGACAAUGGAGAAGAAGCAUAAAAUCAAAGAAUCAGGUACAUUCCACGCUCCAGAAGAAAACAAAAUCUGAGGAAGGACCACAUUGUGUAUUUGCUCUUCAGUUCCGCCAAAUAUGAAGUGCCAGCAAUUUGUUAUAAGUGGAAAAUAGAACUGGGAAAUGACUUGGCCUUUCUCUUCUAGGGUUGCAUAAUGCUACAGACUAGAAGGCCAAAAAUAAAGAAGGGGAAUAGACCUUGAUAAAGCACAGACUUUGUAUAAAGCUCUACUGUAGUCUGCUGAAAGGAGUUUUAGACAUUCUUUGGUGUACAGCAAUGGCAACUGAUCUUGCAAGGAUUCUACCUCUUCUACAAGAAGGACAGGAAGAUCUGGUCCUCCAGAGGAUGUUGGAUUUCUCCUUCCAUAAACCUAGCCAACAUAGCCAAUGGUGGUGGAUUUGGGGAGCUGCAGGCCAGGCCACAUGUUCCCCACCCUACAACAGUGUCUUAUUCAAGAACGUUCAUAUGCCCCUUGCUUGAGAGAUGCUUCAGAGAUGCACAAGUGCUGGAUAAGGAAGGGGUCCAUCUCCCCCGUCUGUUGAAGUCAGAAUGGCAAAGAUUCCUCAUAGGCUGCUUUGCUCUGUGGCCACAAAAAUAUUAAGAUUUCAGUGUCAUGUUACUUUUAGAUUUUUGAUCUAUUUUAGAGCAAAUUCCACAUGUGUUUGGCAAUUUGGAACAAGCAAUUUCAGCGGGCUCUUGUGGUACCUCUUGUGGUACCUCUGAGUAACCACCACUUCUGAAAUCUUGGCUUUACCUUCUCCUCCUCCUUUGCUUCAGUUCUCCAUUUAUAGGUUUUCCUAUAGUGUGGUUACCUUUCUGUAUUAGCUUGUGGAUGGAGCUUAAAACACUCAAAGUGCUUUUGUCUGCUAAGGGUCUUAAUCUUAAAAGAAGGUAACAGAUAGCCCCUGAGUAAAGCCAGACAGUAUAGCUUCUCCAAAGGCUCAGGCGUGCCAUCAUACCACUAUCUCAAAAGUUCAGGGUAUCAAGUCAGUGUAAUGCAGUUGAGACCUCAUUUUAAAGGAUAUAUACUGGUCAUUCAGGUCUGUCCCACCAAUAGAAGCAAAACAACGCAUCAAAACAAUUUGCUUUUAUUCCCCCUUCUCAGGACCUUCUCAGCUCUAGUGGUCUAGUUAAGAAGGUCCUCUUCUUAGAGGCCUAAAUGACAUUGAUGCUGUUCUCCUUCUGGUGCUAGGCUAUAAUCCAGCUGUUCACCCAAGCAUUUGAAGCCUGACUGAAGUCAUGGUUUGGUUUUAUUUUUGUUCUUUAUUAAGUGGAGAUUCACUUUACAUAAAAUUCUAGAUGAAAAGCAAUGCUUUCCCUACUCUAAAGGAGUAACAUGGGUCUAUUUUCACUGUGCCUACAGCAGGUUUGUGCUAGUGAUUUAUGGUUGACUUAGGAGCUUCUGGACAAGUCUUCACAUAGUCAAAAGUUUCCAGGUGAUGACAACUGCUAUUGUUUUUAAGCUAGAAAACCAACUUCAGUCUUUCUGUUCAUUCACCCACAAAGAUAUGGAGCAUAGCUCAUUUUUUGAAGCCACAAGGAUAAAAGGAAAUUAUUGAACUUCCUCAAGUGCUGUAAAAAUUGUCAGAAAGGGAGUGAGUUAUUGAUUCAGGCCUAUACAUAAGGGGUGUCCAACCGCAGUUCCUUUCUCAGAAUCCCCUGCUGACCACCUUUCCCUCUGCAUUAAGCCCAAAUACCUGUGCUUCUCUCCAAAGUCCUUCUCAGAAUGGCAAGGCAACUACUUCCUGUUGCUAUUUUGAGAAGAAUCAGAGAAGGGGAAAAAUAGAUAUUUGGAGGCACACACUGAGCAUUCCUUAUCUGGAACUGUAAAGUCCGAAAUGUUCCAAAAUUGGAAUUUGUCCACGUGGAUGGCUGAGAUCGUGACAUCUUUGCUUUCUGAUAGCUCAGUAUCCACAAACUUUGUUCCAUGCACAAAGCUGUUGAAAAUAUUGUAUAUAAUUUCCCCCAGGCUAUGGUGUAAAUGAAACAAAAAUGGAUUUCAUAUUUCAACAUUGAUCCCAUCUCCAAGAUGUACAUACGAGGGGCAUUUUUUAAGUAAGGUCCGUUUGAACAUAAGUACACAAUGAAAGUUUAUUUCAAAAAAGUAAAUUUAUUUUUAGAAAUUACAUACUUCACUCUAUUUUUUGACAUAGUUGCCAAGUUUAUUCAAACACUUAUCAUACCUCUGAACCAAUUUUAAAAUACCCUCUUCAUAAAAACUUGCCGCCUGCUGAAGCCACCAAAUCGUCUGUAAUCAAAGAAGGGCGACCGGAGUGGUCCUCAUCAUGGAUGUUGUCAUGGCCAUCUUUGAAUUGUCGUAUCCACUUACGCACUUUGCUUUCACUCAUAACAGUAUCACUGUACACUUCACAAAUCUGUCUAUGAAUUUCUGCAGCAGGCAGGUUCCUUGCUGACAAAAACCAUAUCACUGAGCGAACCUCACAUGCGGAGGGUGAGUUGAUAGUCUUAAACAUUUUUAAAGCACAGAACAGAACCGUACAGGUUAGCUACAGAGCGGAAACUGAGCACAGUUGUUCCUGAGGCAUGCCGGUACACGACGCACGUGCUAGUUGCGGUAUGCGUGCAAACUACUAGUGUCUACAACAAAACGGACCUUACUUAAAAAAUACCCCUCGUAUAUGCAAAUGCAGAUAUUCCAAAAAACAAACAAAGUAACGAACCCAAAACAUUUCUGAUUCUAAGCAUUACAGAUAAGGGAUACUCAACUUGUCCUGGGGUGGUUUGGGUGAGUAGGUGGGAUGUUUAACACAUUUGGAGGGCUGUCUGUGCGGUUGGGUUCAAAAUGUGGCCAAACAUUAUACUGAUUUCUUUCUAAAUUUGCAGGGCUUGGAGGAACUGGAGGGAGCAUAAAAGGUGCAGCUAUGGGACACAUAUGGCCUAUGCCUUUACUAUGUGCACCUUCUUGCUAUAUAUGAGAUUGACUAAAAAAAAAAGGAUACCUGAUUGCAGGCCUGAGUAAGUUAGUGGUGGGCAGGCAGCAAGCUGUUGCUAUUGGGAGACCUAGUAAAACUGCGUCAGUCACCUUGAGGCUUGUGACUAUGUGGAAGCUUAAUCCAGGAGCUCCUGUGUGGUGUGGAUUUUAACUAUGAAAGCAACAACUAUAUCACACUGUUAAGGUUUUUAAACAAAGCCCUUCUUUUCUGCCCUUUCCCUUCAUUCUGCUUUACAGGUACUUAAAAUCAAAAUUACUCCCAGAGGAAAUUCCUGGAAGCCGGAGGCGCUUAUUUUUUGUUUUGUUUUCUGUGGGUCUUUCAUGAUAAGAAGAAAAAGACCAAUGCACAUUUAUAUAGCUUUCUGAUAGCAUUAAAAACCAAUGCCAUUUGGGGCUUUUUUUUAUUUUGGUGUAUAUAUCUUAUUGAAAAAAAGGAAAAGAACGAAAAGAGAGGAAAAGAAAAGGCAAAGUUACACUUUAUUUUGUGUAUAAUGACUUCAAAAGUCUCAUUUUUAAUUUUAUUUUAUAUGUUAAUGUUAAAGAUAAUUUUCUAAAACUGAAGCUGAGCUUUCGAUGCCAGAUUGCAAUCCUCUUGGGACUAUUACAUCUAGCACUAAAUGUUUUGGGGUGUUCUCCCCGGUUUGUUUUCUUUAUAUAUAUAAAAACCCAGUAUGUGUUCUUGCAAUAAUGGAUCAGGCAAACAGAACCUUUCCCCAUUUUUUAAAAAAACAAUUAUUGUGAAAUUAUGUGUUGUAUAUAUAAAAGAUUUUUAUAUUGGAGGUGAGUGGAACCAUCUGUAAAUCGACCCACGAUAAUUCUCUACAGAGGAAUAAAUAAUUAUAUUCAAAGUGACUACAUUUUUAGGCUGUGAUGUGCUAUAAUUUAAGGCAAAAGAGUGCACUUCAUGCCAUUCAUGCUCAGAUAGUAAUACAGUACAACCUCCAUAUCUUCCUGGAACCUUUUAUGGAAACUUCUCUAGGAAUUUGCUACAUCCUCAAGGCCAAGUGUAUGGUAACUUCUAGUGGAAGCAUACCCAGGAAUUAGCUAUAGGACCUAGAAAAGUCCUAGGUAGGACAAAUCUUUUCAGAUGUCGGUAACUGAAGUUGCAGUUACAGGGGUUGUACUGGACUGAGCAUUAGGCAGAAAUCAUGUAGUCUAGUGAGAUGAGUGCAUCCAGGGGACUUGGAUGCCAAGUUUCUGCUUCUGAUGCUGCACUUCUAAGCGCCCCAGAAAGAGAUGCAAGUCUCCCUCAGUGGUUUUCGUUAAGUUUGUUGGGACCUGAAUGCACACAGUGAUGUGAAUUUGGUUGCACAUUGGCAAAGUGUGCUGAUUUGCCACGUCAGAGUUGGGCAACUCUCUCUUGACCUCCACUCUCCAUUGAUCAAAUGGAGGGAAAGUGACCUACCUACCUCACAGGGUUGUUGUGAGGAUGAAUCUAAUAAAGAUAGUAAAGCACUUUUCAAAUUA